CCUUUAACCAUUUUGUUGACUUUGGGCCGGGUUUUCCGCAACGGGAUAUCCGCAACUCUCCACUAGCAACAAGGACGAAGUCGGCGUCAGUGAGACCUGCAUCAAAGAUGUGCCAUCCUUGGCCAAACCAACUGCAGGAUUAGUCAUCCCUCGGCAUCUCAGAGUUAAAGUUACGUGUCUCGCCAGCAUCCCAAAUAUAGUCACGGAAUAGAAGGAAUUUCACAACCGAUACGUAAACGACAACAAUAUGCUUCGAAAGCAUCGAAAAACCAUAUCGGCGAGGAGGCUGUCGCUUGAAUGGAAUUGCGAACGAUUUGUCGAAGUGCAGCCCUUCCCAGUGCCGGCCAUCUUCCGCGAUAUAGAAAGUUGAAGAACAGCGUUUCGCAUUGUUUCGAUUGCAACAAAGGACAACCUUCGACACAGCACGGUAGAUAGCGGACUCGAGAAACCAAGGCACUUCGCCAACACGCACCAGCAAUCUCCCUCAAUCGCCUCAAACCAUGUUCAAAGGCAAAAAGUCCACAGAGCCCGCCGCGGCUCCUCCACCGCCCUCCGCGCCCUCUCCCGCGCCCAACAUCACCUCCGGCACAUCCACACCCCCGACCGGCGCCGGGGCCAUCUCCCACCCGGCAUCCUCGCAACUCGGCGGGUCGGGUUUACUGCUGAUUCGGAUUGUGGAGGCCAGGAAUCUGGUGUAUCCCAAUGGCGGCGCGGCGGUGCAGAUUGGGACGGGCGUGGGAGCGGAUAUCACGAGAUUGCCGUAUUGUGUGAUUGAUUUUGAUAAGAAUGAGAUCAUGGUGCCGGCGAAGGAGGGGAAUCCCGGGAGUAGGACCGUGGUUUGGGGUCAUCGCGCGAAUUUCGACGUAUCGCGCGAAGCCGAAGUGACCAUUUCGGUGCUGCAACGGGGUACAACGCAAGGGCAGGACGUUCUCCUUGGCAGCGUACGUGUCAAACCGCUGUUGAUCGACGGAAAACUGCAGGACCAGUGGUACCCCUUGCAGAGCGACGGAGAGGGCGCGCCGACGGUUGCCGGGGAGCUGCAUCUGCAGUUCCAUUUCAAGAAGCAGGUGCAAAACAAAUCCCUAACAAUCGACGACUUUGAGCUCCUCAAAGUCAUUGGCAAAGGCUCCUUCGGCAAAGUCAUGCAGGUGCGCAAACGCGACACGAACCGCAUCUACGCCAUGAAGAUCCUUCGCAAAUCGCACAUUGUCGAGCGGGCCGAGGUGGCGCACACGCUCGCCGAACGCACCGUGCUGGCGAAAUUGAACCAUCCGUUCAUUGUCCCCUUGAAGUUCUCAUUCCAGACGCCGGAUAAAUUGUAUUUGGUCUUGGCGUUUGUGAAUGGGGGCGAGCUGUUUCAUCAUUUGCAGAAGGAGGGGAGGUUUACGGAGGAUAGGGCGAGGUUUUAUGUUGCCGAGUUGUUGUGUGCGUUGGAGUGUUUGCAUGGGUAUAACAUCAUCUACAGAGACCUAAAGCCCGAAAACAUCCUCCUCGACUUCACCGGCCAUAUCGCGCUGUGCGACUUUGGACUCUGCAAAUUGAACAUGAAAGACGGAAACAAGACCAACACGUUCUGCGGCACGCCCGAGUACCUCGCGCCCGAGCUUCUGCUGGGGCAAGGAUACACGAAAGUGGUGGAUUGGUGGACAAUCGGGAUCCUGCUGUACGAGAUGAUCACUGGCCUGCCCCCGUUCUACGACGAGAAUACGAACGAGAUGUAUAAGAAGAUCUUGGGCCAGGAGUUGGUGUUUCCCGAUGAUGUGAGUCCCGUCGCCAGGGAUCUGUUAAGCCAGCUCCUCGAUCGCGACCCCACGCGCCGCCUCGGCACCACGGGCGCGGACGCCAUCAAACGGCACCCCUUCUUCUCCGAAACCAACUGGUCCCGCCUCCUAGCGCGCAAGAUCCCGCCGCCCUUCCGGCCCAACGUCCUCUCCGCAACGGACACGUCCAACUUUGACGAAGAGUUCACCUCUGAGAUCCCGCAGGAUUCGCUGGUUGAAGGGAGCGCGCAUCUGGGCGAGGACGUGCAGAGUCAGUUUGUGGGGUUCAGCUAUCAGGCGCAUGAGGGCAUUGCUGGGUCGCUGGGUGGGGGCGUCAAUGGGGGGAGCUUGGUGGUUGGGGGGAAGAUGGGGGGCGCGGCGGGGGUGGGCGUGGGGAGUUUGAGGCAGGCGGGGGGGACGAGGAGGGGGUUGUGAGUGGUUUUUUUUUCCGGGGGACCGCCGUGUGUUGGGUUUUUUGGUUCUUGUCUGGAGUGCGUUUUUCCAACCAUGUUUUUGUGUCUUUUUGUGUGGAGAGAGAUACAAGAGAACAUCUCAAACCACCACCGCCGUCACGCGGAGAUGAGAAUAGUCUAUUACUAUCAGAGAGCGUCCAUCACGCGUCCGCUCGAUAUCUCAC